GAGAGGAUGUGGUCGAAAAGUAACUGCUUGAAAGUCGUUUCUUUACCAACAUAUGUCUUUUCUACCUUUUGUGGCACAUUUUUUUGCAAUCUCAAGCAUUUUUCUUGAUAGUGAAGGAUAUCUUUUGGAACUUUCUUGGAACAAUAAGAGACUCUACCUUUUUUGAGAAGCACAUUGUUCCUCAACGGUUUCCAACGGUCUAUUAGGAAGGAGAAGUGGAAAUCAUUUCGUCUUUGGUUUCCUUAAACACUUUUCGAAGGACCCGUUUCAAUGCACAACUUAUUACAGCAGUGGCCGUGACUUGACUCCUGUUAUCCAAAAAAUCAUGAAGAAAGCAUCCGACGCUAUUCUCAACUCGCCCAUGUAAUAGUGGCACGAAUAUCUUCCCUUUUUUCUACAGUUUGAUUGGUUUAUAUUGUCAUUUGCUGAACGCUGUGUUUGUCCAUCCCGUGCAUACAAGCUUGUGGAGAUACAGGAUUGGUCCUGUUGUUCGCAUGUCUCUUCUAUCUCGAGGCUAUCUAUCAUUCUUUCCAGAGAUUUCACGAAGGAAGAUUAUUAUUAUUCACAAUAGGAUAGAGAAAAAGAACCUUUGAGCGCGGGAGAAAUUCAGAAGACCUCCUCUCACUUACUUCACGACAAAAAGUGCCUAGGACACUAGUUCUUCCUUCUUUAUUCUAUGGAAAGAUAUAUUUACCACGGACAGGACAAAGAGUUUCUAUCCUUUCUUGCUGUUUUUGUCACCGUUUCUCACUUAAUUCAAUAUGGUUGUGCUGUGGUUCCUUGCUCCUUACGUCCUAGAGGACAAAUUGAAAGAUAUUGCUUUUUCGAUAUUCAGCAUUGGACGUAUCCUUUUCAAAACAACAACAAUAUUUCACAUUCCCUCACCAGAAUAGUGUUGGUAAGUUCUUCCUUGAAGGAGACUUGUACUGUAGCCAGUAAGGAAUAUGCUUGGGGCACUCCCUGGAGAAGAAUAGAUGAACUGUACAUGGAAGCGCCUACUCUGCAAGGUUUUGCUUAUGUCCAACUACGCGACUCUUAAGGUGGCUCAACUUGUCUCAAAAACACUAUUGUAUUCUUGUAAUCAGAAAGUUGCUUCAUUUAAGUUUCAACUUUGCGUUCCAUCCCCCUUGCGAGCAUUGGCACGAAGCAUAGAAGAGACCGAAACAAGCAGAAAGUUUAAGGUGUUUGC